GACGAGCCUCCGUCACAAUAGCGCAUGCGCGAGGUCAAGGUGAAGCAAGUAGCACGAAAGGAACCGGAGCAGUCCAUGAACCGGAGCCGAUUGGUUCCGUUGUGAUCGCCCCUUUACGUUGCAGAUGUUUACGUUGAAACAGUAGAAACUAUACUGGACACAGCAAAUUAACAGAGGAACGCCAGGAUGAUCAGUGUUCUCUGCAACAAGACCAGGCUGGUCAAUUAUCUCCCUGGACUCCACGUGUUGGUGAAUCAUGUAACUGGAGCCAAAGCCUUCUCUUCUGUUGGAUCUUCUGUUGAGCCACAGGUGACCAUCACUCCUUCCGAAAUUGAACUACAGACAGUGUGUCCUCAGUGCACGGGGCCUUUUGGACCCCAAGACCAGCGAUUCCAGCUGCCUGGCAAUGUUGGUUUUGACUGCCAUUUGCACGGACUUGCACAUCAGAAGACGAACCUGCUACACAAGACGGUUCCUGAUGCACUGUCAAUUCAGUCGAGCAACGAAAAAGACAAGUUGUUGCUGAGCCAGUACAUCAGAGAAUUCUGUGGGAAAGAUGACUCUGCAUCUUCCCAGGACGUCAGUUCAGCCGAACAGGUCUUUAAUUACAGCUCAACUGUAGAGUGCGCCAUACAGCCUUGUCCCAAACGCUUAAGGAAAGAUUUCCAGUCCAUGUUUCCUGAGGCUCCGUCCUCUGGCAUGAUGGUCGCCACCGUGACACAAAAGACCCAGAAUGACAUGACGACGUGGAGCGCUAAGGUGGAGCAGGAGCGGGAGCUUUUGCAAGACAAGUUUGUGGAGGGAGCAAAGGAGAUCUGUAACGCCCUCCAGAAACAAGGAUACUGGGCUGAUUUCAUCGACCCCUCGUCAGGCCAGCCGUUCUUUGGCUCGUACACCAACAACACGCUGUUUGAGACAGAUGAAAGAUACUGCCAGCUGGGCUUUCAGAUCGAGGACCUGGGCUGCUGCAAAGUGAUCCGACACUUCCUGUGGGGGACUCAUGUUAUGGUGGGGACUCUAUUCACCAACGCACCGCCCAGCAGCCUCGUAACAAACAAUUUGCUGGGAGACUCGGCAUAAGUUUGACUGACUACAGCUGUGUAAAUAUUGGUGAUUAAUGUAUUUGACUGUACUUUGAUUGUACUUUGAUUGUAUUCUAGACUGUUAAUAAAAAUCUUUAAGAACAAGAACACUAAAAUAAAACGUAUUUCUCCAAGAG